AGUGGCUCAUGAAGGCAGCACGGCGACCUGUCAGAGCUGCAGCUGAUCCGAGUGAGAGUGAUUCAGAGCCACAUGGACGGAGAGCGUUGAGAACAACCCGGGACCGACCAACUCUUCACAUGGCAGCUAUUUCCCACUCUUUCUGCUUCGACAUGUCUGGAUGGAGGACAUUCUGAAGACGCCAGCAGUUAUGGCCACAGAGAGCAGUGUGUUCAAUACCUGCAACCACACCAACGACGUCCUCUUCUUUUACAACCUGGUGGGGAAGAAGGUCAGUUCGGAAUGGACAACACGGGACUUUGUGGUCAUCGGACUGGGCCUGACGGUGUGUGUUAUUGUCGUCUUGGCCAACCUCAUGGUGAUGGCCGCCAUCUUCAUGAACCGCCGCUUCCACUUCCCCAUCUAUUACCUCCUGGGCAACAUGGCGGCGGCAGACCUGUUUGCGGGCAUCGCCUACGCCAACCUGAUGCUGAACACCGGCCCCUGGACCAGAGCGCUGACUAAGAAGCAGUGGUACAUCCGGGGAGCUCUGAUAGACAUCAGCCUCACCGCCUCGGUGGCCAACCUCCUGGCCGUGGCCGUGGAGCGCCACCAGACCAUCGUCACCAUGCAGCUGCACAGCAACAUGACCAAGCGGCGCGUGCUGCUGCUGAUCGUCUGCAUCUGGGCCACGGCCAUCGUCAUGGGCCUGGUGCCGUCCACGUUUUGGAACUGCGAGUGCCGUCUGGACGACUGCUCCACCGUCGCUCCCCUCUACAGCCGCCGCUUCCUGAUCUUCUGGGCAGUUCUCAACUUGCUGAGUUUCUUCGUCAUGCUGGCCACAUACACUCAUAUCUUCAUCUACGUGAGAUACCAGAGCCGGUACGCGUCCCGGCACACCUCGGAGUUGCGGCACGGCCAAACAGUUGUCAACCUGAUGAAGACGAUCUCAAUGGUUCUGGGAGCUUUUGUCAUCUGCUGGACGCCCGGCCUCGUGACUCUCCUGCUGGACGGACUGUUGGGGAAAGACAGCCACGCCAACAGCUACGAGAAGUACUGCCUGGUGAUCGCCGAGUGCAACUCCCUGGUCAACCCCAUCAUCUACUCGCUGCGGGACGACGAGAUGCGCAAGACGUUCAGGGGGAUCCUGUGCUGCCUGUGUGGGAGACGAGGCCGGCGGCAGAAGGAGCCGCCGGCCGUGGAGAUCGACUCCCCGCUGCCAGAGGUGCUCUCAGUCUCCGCUGCAAAUCAAAGCAGAACUACAUCUAAACUUUUAAAACUAGAAACGGGCUCGUCAGUACCUGUACCACUUGCAGGGAAGUGAUGACUCAUCGUAAAUCCUGCCAGAAACUCUUGGCUGUAUCCCAAAGACAGAAGACCAGGCCUUGUGUAAACCGCACAGCACCAGCAGUAAGGAUGACAGCUGGACCGUCCAUGGACUGUGACUGUAACCACAAAACAAAAACUAUUCAGCCUUCUCUCUGCAGAACCGUCCUAUGUUUGCUUUUUUGACCUGCAUUAAAAAGUCUAUAAAGUAUUUUUUAUAUCAGCACUGAAACACUUCUCAUUUUUUCUCCAGGUUGGCGUCUUCUCUCAACAGAUUCACAUAUUAAUCGUCAGAUUGGUGCAAUCUCUCCUUUUAUUACAUUUGACUAUCACAAGAGCAUUUGUGACAAAUUAUAAAAUGAAACACUUCUAAAAUCGGAAAUCAAAUACUGGAAGAAAAAAAA